AUGGAAAUUGUGGAGGAUGUAGUGAUAGUUGGAGCAGGAAUUGCAGGGUUGGCAACAAAAAUGGCUUUGAAAAGAGUAAUGGUUCAAGCUUUGGUAUUAGAGAGAUCACAGAAGCUGAGAGCUACAGGUGCAGCCUUAACCCUCUUUCCGAAUGCUUGGCUUGCCCUUGAUGCUCUUGGUGUUUCUCACAAGCUCAACCCCAUUUAUGCUCCUUCUUUGAAGAACAGUGGACAAGGAAUUAGGACAAUUCAUCGUAAAACAUUGUUAGAGGCUCUGGCAGAGGAGUUACCAACUGACUCAAUUCGGAUUUCUUCCAAGAUUGAUGCCAUUGAAAAUCAAGAAAGUGGAGGUAGUGCUUCCAUUGUUGUUGUAAAUUUGGAAGACGAAACAACAAUCAAAUCUAAGGUUCUUAUACGCUGCGACGGGGUGCACUCGGUAGUGGCACGUUGGCUAGGACUACCCGAACUGGUCCAUUCGGGGCGAUCAGGGGUUCGAGUUUUAGCAAUUUUUCCCCAAGGCCAUGGAUUUAAGCAAGAAGUUCAGCAGUUUGUGGAUGAGGGAAAAAGGGCUGGUUUUAUUCCUCUAAACGAUAGGGAACUUUACUGGUUUUUAGUCUGCAACGAUCAGCACUCUUAA